AAGCAACUCCCUCGCCCUUUCCACAUCAGCAGAUUGCCCGGCCCCAACCGCGUAAUCCACAUAAGACGCACUGCUUCACUCGCCUCAUCUGGCAGACAAACAGCGAUACGGUACUCCGUCACACCAUCGCGACAAUCGCGUUCCGCCCGUCUGCGCUGGCUUUCCAACACACGCGCGCACACACUAAGUUACCAACCAACAGCCGCGUCCCCAGUCCUGCAGCCCUCCAGUAGUUUCGACGUGGAAUCUUCCGAGACCGAACGUGGCAUCCCGCGCCUAACUGCUAGCUCGACGACCUCCUUCACUCACCACCGCGGCACUCUAUAUUUGGCAGCCGGCAUAAUGGCCACGGCCGAAGCUGCAUCGAGACCCCAUGACCGACACCCGCGCAAACGACCCUUUGCGGGUUGGAUGAAGCGUCUUGCCAAUCUCAAGCCCUCAUCGUCCGACGCCCCAGGCAAGAAGGGCAACACCGUUAAGAAAGGCGCCGCGAAGAACAACCCCUAUCCCGAGUCUGGCUACAUCAACACCAAUGUAGCCCCAGCCGACAACUCCUCCGUAUCCACUCCCGCCACACAGCGAUCGCAUGACAGCUACACGUCCAUCGAGGAGCCCGCAGCCGGACAGCGGCAAGGUGUAGAGAAGAGCAACAAGUCCACAGCACCUACCGUAGCCACAGUCCCUGAAACCGUGCACUCCACAAGAUCAAAGGCAGAGACAGGCGGCAGCAACUUUGUCAACGGCGGCAGCACUUUCUCGUCGCCGAAUGGCUCGGAACACUCCCUCACCACGACUCUGACGACAAUACAAUCAACCGCGCCCUCAAAUGUCCUUAACCUUGGCCAGGCCCAGAACCAGAACAAUGCGACAAGCUCAAGCGCCACGCCCGUCCACUUCUCGCAUCAGUUCCCCGCGUCCCCGCCACCGUCAGCUAUACCGCCGCAUCUGGCGCCCCAGCAGCAGCCCAACUCAUAUCAGGGCGCUACCGCGAACAACAUCCUGACCGACAACGCGUCUAUCCUCACCCUCGCGUCAUCGUCGAAGCGUCGCCGUCGCAACUCCGUAGAUACCAAUGCUUCGAUGCGAGCACUAGCCCCCUCAUCGCAUUAUGGAGGCAGUCGCGAGUCGCUGCCGCUCAGCGUGCUCUCAGCCAACCCAGACACCAUAUACUCGCCCUCCAACAGGCCAAGCAACGUUGGUGCUUUCGUAAAUGCCGAGCGCGCGAGCGUCUACUCAGCGUCCGGUGUCACUGCGCCGGUACUACCCAGCGAGCGCAACAGCUACUAUGCGACCAAACAAGCCGACGGACUCAGUGUGCGUAGUGGGCUUCUUGGCCAUGGCCGCACUGAUAGCAUCAGCAGCAUGCGCGCCACGCCUACUAGCCCACUCGCCAGCCCACGCGACCCCAUGGGCCCCGCCAGAAUCAGCCGAAAGAGCUCAGAGUGGAAAGACGCGAGGGAAGCAAGUGAUGAGGAUGAGGCGCCUACGAGCCCCAUUGUUGAAGAGCGUGAGGAUAAGCCGGCGCCGAAUGCGCAGGUUUAGGUUCGAUGGAAGAAGGCGCACCAGUGCUGAAUUGUUACGAUACGAAACCGAGAUACCAACGUAGGCGUUGUGGAGUUGGGCUGUGUUACGAUAUUCGGAGUAAUAGCAUGGAAGGCAGGGGGUUUAUACUAGUGACUUGGAUGGGAGGCGUUAGUAUGGGGUGGGGUGCAUGUGAGAAUGCGCGGGCAUACGGUUUACUGCUUCUUCAUCUUAUACCCUAGUAUCGAAUGGAGCUUUUUUUUUUCUUGUGAUGUUGAGUGUCUGUGUCUUCUAUAG